AUGGAAUUGACAAUCACCAUCGAUAACACAAGUGCAGGUUCGUCUGGAUCCCUAAAGUUACUUGAUAUGCCAUCCUCUCCAGAUAUAGAGGAAUAUCAAAGUGAAAUAAUAAAAGAAUAUACGCAAACUGAUAUUGAAGAAGGACAAGUGUAUCAGGACAAGCAAACUGUAGCUGCUGCAAUGAAGCACUUUUCUGUGGUGCACAAGUUCCAGUUCAGAGUUAAAAGAUCUAGUCAUAGAAGCUACUGGCUUGUAUGCGUUGGUGAAAACUGUAAAUGGCACUUCAAGGCAACAUCAAUUAAUGAUUCCGCAAUGUUCAAGAUAAGGAGUUUCAACCGACAACACACAUGCUCCUUAAUGGACGAAACAUUCAUACAGCGCAAACGUACUGCAGCUGUAGUUGGUAGCAUGGUCAUUCCAAAGUAUUGUGAUCCAAAGACUGUUUACACACCAAAGGACAUACAAACUAACAUGUUAGCAGAACACGGAGUGAACCUAAGCUACAUGCAAGCAUGGAGAGCAAAGGAAAAGGCUUUACAGUUUUUGAGAGGGAAUCCGGCUGACUCCUACAGCAAAUUACCCAAAUAUUUUUAUAUUCUUGAGGAGACUUAUCCUGGUUCGGUUGUUAAAUUGAAGAAGACAGCAGAUGAAUGCUUCUUAUACGCAUUUGUUGCUCUUUGUACAUCAAUAAGUGGUUGGCAACAUUGUAGGCCAGUAGUAGUGGUUGAUGGGACAUUCUUAAAGUCAGCCUACAGGGGGAUUAUGCUGACAGCAAGCACCAUGGAUGCAACAGGUACAAUAUUGCCCUUGGCAUAUGCUGUGGUUGAUUUUGAAAAUGACGCAUCUUGGAAGUGGUUCUUUGAGCAAUUCAAGCAGGCAUAUGGUGAAAGACCUUCAAUGUGUGUUGUUUCAGAUAGGAAUGAGAGUAUAAUGAAGGCAACAUCAAUUGUCUAUCCGGGCAUGCCACACUAUUCUUCAGGGGCAUACACUCUGGAUGAAUUUAAUGAAAGGAUGUCGAAGAUUGAAGAGAUAGACCCUCGUGUUAAAUCAUACCUCUAUGAUAUUGGCUAUCAUAGAUGGUCAAGAGUACAUGCAACGGUAAAUAGAACUUGGACUAUGACAUCAAACAUUACAGAGUCAUUGAAUGCUGUAACAAAAUAUGCAAGAGAGCUGCCAAUAUUUGACCUAUUAGAUUAUAUGAGGACGCUUCUUGAAACUUGGACGAAAGAGAAGCUAUUGAAGGCUAAAGCAUUAAGGGACAGGCAUGAAACAUAUGAAACUAUUGCUCUCCGUAUUACACAAGGGAGAGCCUUCUGCGCAUCUAAAUUUGUCUUUGAUAUAGUGUAA